CGGAAGAGCCAGGAUAAUUUUUUUUUAUAUAACUCUUAUUGUGUUCGUCUGAAAGAAGAUAGUCAUAUACACAUACGAUGGCUUGAGUGAGUAAAUCAUGGGAUAAUUUUCAUUUUUGUGUGAACUAUCUCUUUAAAUACACAAAUUUUGGAACGUGCAUCAAGAUUAGUAGUUUAACAUCAAUUUGCAUGUUUCUUUGUGCAUUUUAGUACUUGAAAAGGAGAAAAAAAAAAAAUGCAGAAAACUUCAGUAUAUUUCCUCACUAUGUGACAAUGGAAGUGAUACAGGGGAAGAUGAUGGAAGAUCCCAUGACUUUUGACCCCACCAUCCAACUGAAUCAGUCCAGCCUGCCCUGGGUCAAUGAAACGAACUCCACCUCCCCGGACACCUACGCCAUAAAUCUUCUCCUCUCCUGCAUCUACACCAUCCUGCUCUUCCCGCUCGGCCUUGUGGGUAACAUCCUGAUACUGCUGGUGAAUUUCGACCCUCGUCAGCGGAUGAGCACCCCUGAUCUAUACUUCACUAAUUUGGCUCUUGCCGACCUGGUGCUGGUGCUGGACUCGCUAAUCGAGGUGUUCAAUCUGAGUGCGCACUACUACGAUGACGCAGUGCUGUGCUCCUGCAUGGCGAUCUUCCUGCAGGUCAACAUGUACAGCAGCGUGUUUUCGCUCACCUGGAUGAGUCUGGACCGCUGCCUUGCGCUGACUGGCCUCAGCACACGUGCGCUACCUGAAAACGUUUCCGUCCAACACCGUUCGCACAUCGCCCGUAGGGCUUGCGCAACCAUUUGGGUGGCGGCGACCCUGUGCACGCUGAUUCCAUUCGCUACUGCGCACAUGUAUCACGGCUGGGGGCGUGGCUUCUGUUUUGCGGGUGUGGCCGAGGUGCAAUGGCUGGAGGUGACGCUAGGAUUCGCCCUUCCUUUUUGCGUGAUGGGCGUCUGCUACACCCUGAUCGCACGCGUGCUGCUGCGCUCCGAAAGGCCGCAGCGAACCAAAGCCUUGCACAUGAUCGUUGCAGCCGUGAGUGUGUUUUUUGUGUGCUGGCUUCCGGAGAACGUCUUCAUCAGUGUGCAUCUCUUGAGAGGCGACACAGAGGCCUCACGGCGGCGUGGAAACCACACGUUGUGGCAGCGCUACCCACUGACGGGACACGUGGUGACCUUGGCGGCCUGUGCCAACAGCUGCCUGAACCCGCUCGUCUACAGCCUGCUGGGAAACACCUUCAGACAGAAACUGCAAGUGUUUAUCGCGCACCACGUGCGCUGCCUGCAUACAUGCAUGCAGAACGCAAGCGCGACGCCACCCUGUCCGUGCGUCACUUGCACAAACGUGCACCAUUCCUGCUCGCAUGAGAAUGAGGAGGAGGAAGAGCGUGACCUCAGGAGCGGCGAGGAGGGUCGAGAGUGUGUGUGUGACAGAGUGGGAUAAACAUAGUCAUGUUGUAAUGACACAGGACAAGUGUCCAUUGUAAAAAGUCUUUGUAAAAUCUUUUUUUGACAGGAAAUAAUAUAUUAGGCAAGGAUGCCUAAAAAUUGAUCAAAUAUGACAGUAAAAACACUUGUAUUGAUACAAAAGAUUUCUAUUUCAAAUAAAUGCUGUUCUUUUGAUCUUUCUUUUGAUAAAUGCUGUUCUUUUGAUCUUUCUUAGAAGUUUGUCAUUAAUGGUAAUGUCUACAUUUAAUAACACAUUUUUAAAAUCAAACCUUGUAUCUGUUAACUAUGAACAGACAAUGAACUGUAUUUUUAUUAAGUAAUUUAACAAAGGUUAACCAAUGCUGUAUAUUGUAAGUGUUACCCAAUAUGGUAAUACACAAUACUGUGGGAGUUGAGGAUCAUUUCAUAAAUAACCACUUUAAACU